UUCUCUGUUGCAAUAAAUAUUGUUUGCACAAACAUGGUCUACGACAUUGGAAUUUAGGAUUCCUUGUGACAUUUUUACAUCGAGAUUUAUUUUCCUCGUGAACAGAAAAUCACGAUUUUUUGCUCAGUUUUCAACUUUGCCUUUUUGUUCUUUACACUGUGACGACGAAGAUUCGACUUAAGAUGUGAAAAGCGGGGAGAUUUUCAUAAAUCGAAGGAUAAAGGAGCGGAUUGGAAACUUGAUAGCUUUUUGAGGAGACCUGAUGUUGUCCAGAAUCUUGAAAAGACAUUAAUUUUUGCAAAAAGGAUUCGAAAAUGCUACAUCAAAAUGAAGAUAUUGACACUGUAAAAUUAUACUGUUUUGAGAGAGACUGAAAAUGUAAAUGGAGUGGAAAAUAUGACUGUUUGAAGGGUCGAUUUAUUGCUAGUUCCUCGUUUUUAAGUGCCUCUGUAUUUACAAAUCAUCAGCUUAGUAGGCUGUGGGGAGAAGUAAGACUUUUCAUAAUGCUGGUACCAACUAGGCACCCCGAGCAGACGAGACAUGGAAACGAAACAUCUAGCAGACACAAGUUUUGCUUUUGUUUCAACUUACUAUACCUUUCAGAUUAGGUGAAUAAUCACUGUGUAUUUAAUCUGAUAAUCACCGAAGAAGGAACAUGGCUAAAGAUUGCAACGCCAAAAUCCAAAUGCCGGACCUCUCUGGAAUAGAAUAUAUUGGAGAAAUAAAGGCUGUCCCCUCUUGGGAAACGGGGGUGAAAAUCACUAUAUGCGUCAGUAUAGAACUAGUGGCUAUCGUCGGGAAUCUCUUGAUAAUAAUUAUCAUAGCACAGUCUCCGAAAAUGCGAACGGUCACCAAUUACUAUAUCCUUAACUUGGCCAUUUCCGACAUGUUGGUUGGACUUUUUGCUAUGUGGAUUCAUCUUGUUGACGAUUUGACCCAAGGAUGGGUCCUAGGGAGCUUUCUCUGCAAGUUCAACCCUUUCCUACAAAUAACAGCCAUGUGUGCUAGUGUUUUCACGCUGGUUGCAAUUGCAGGAGAUAGAUUCUUCGCCAUUGUUUUUCCGCUAAAAUCACGUGUGACUCAAAGAAAAGUGAGCGUGAUUAUCAUCGUCAUAUGGUUGGCCGCCCUUGCUAUUGCACUUCCGGUUCUCUUCUUUUAUGCUUACACGGAGAGGCCAUGGAAAAAUUUUAUUGAAAAAUUCUGCACAGAAGUCUGGCCUCAAGUUCUACAGAGUGACGGAACUUGUGAUCAAGGGAAGACUUCGCGUAAAGCGUACUGGAUAUGUUUGCUGGUGGUCCUAAACUGGGUUCCUAUGCUUCUGAUGAUGAUUGCUUACACCGUGAUAUUUGUUAAACUAAGAAAAAGUCGGAGGGUAUCUAGAACGGGAAGACUUUCAAUGUCAGCCGUACAACAGAGAUCCAAGAAAAAGGUUGUGAAGAUGCUGUUUGCAAUACUAGUUGUCUUUAUCUUCUGUGUGGGCCCUUUUCAAGUUACAAAGCUCUUCGAGUUCUUUAGGGACGACACCUCAGAGAGCUUACCGGAAUGGUACAGUCCGUUCUACUUCGCGGCAGUAACGUUGUUGUAUACUAACAGCGCUUUAAACCCAGUUCUGUACGGCGGAUUAAACGAUAACUUCAGGAGUGGAGUGAAAUACCUCAUCAACAGCAUAUUCCGAAGGAAACGGAUUUCAACUAAUUCCAAUGGCAUCACGAGGAAUUCCGUGAUUUCCACUAUUACUGAGAACAGACGAGGAUCGGAAGUACACAUUCUUAGUGAUCUUCAUCACCACAAAGAAGACAGAAAGAGAAACGCCAGUCGCACCAACCCAGUGUACGAGGAAAGGUCGUCAUCUGAAUAACAGUACCGUGUACAAAACAAGAACAUUGUAGGUGUAGAACUAGCUAAUGAUCGGAGCGCCAACAUUCGCUUAAUUCAGUGGACAUGGGAAUUUUUUUUGUUGUUGGUGGCGAUCUCACCGUCUCGAAAACUGAACAGAAAAUCAUUUCAAGCUUGUCUUGAAUAUUUCCCGUUUAAUGUUAAUCACUGUAUAUACUGUUCUAACCAAAGACGUUUUACACAAGUGCAUUUUAUUUUCCAAUACUGUAACAUAUUAUUAAAGGUAACUAACUUUCAUAUUUUUCUAUUCAUCACUAUUAUAUUUGUGUGUUUGAACAUGUUGUCACUAGUUUCAUAAGGUUUCUCUUAAUAGUCACUAGUAUGUACAUCUACAGCUCACAUUUGAGUUUGAUACUUGAUAUUGUAACCUUUAUUUUCAUUUCUUGUAUACUGUGCAAAAGUAAUAAAGAACUGUGAAAUUUU